AGCGUGGCAUUGGUCAUGACGACACGCACCUCGCUCUUCUGCCGACUCGAUCAAGAGAUGCUCACGGGCUCAACGUAAGCAUACUGAGCAUUUGGCAAUUCGUUCCGAGGCCAUGCCACAGAAUGCCAUGGACUAUCGAUUCUCACCACUGUCAUUCGACACGAGAGCUUUUGGCAUAUGUGUAGCACUUUCCGGUCGCACAACAAAGCCCUAAUCGAAAUCCGGGGUCCAGUUACAAGCCCCCUUGCAGACCCAACUGUAACAUCAGCUAGGUACCUGAACAAGCCUAAGGCGCCUGCCUAGGGACCUACGUGCCUACCUACCCAGUCACCACGCUACCGGAAUCUGCGCCGUCAGCACAACUGGACCUCAUGGUUCAGCUCAACACAAGGCCUCGGUGAUCAGGUAGGGAAAAACCGAAAUGCACGAAAUUAUCACUCUACAGCUGGGCCAAGCCAGUAAUUACGUGGCUACUCACUUCUGGAACACUCAGGAGUCGUACUUUUCAUAUGCAGACGAUGACGAGGAGCCGUCCGUCGACCACAACAUACACUGGCGGCCUGGGCGAGGCGCUGAUGGCGCCGAAACCUUCCUGCCGCGCACCGUUGUGUAUGAUCUCAAGGGCGGCUUCGGCUCACUCCGCAAAAUAAAUGCCCUUUAUGACCCCGGCGACGACCCUUCUGCCGCGCUCUCCUGGGACGGCGCAUCUGUAACCCACAAACUACUACCCGUUGCUCCCACGGCCUACCAACAGAGCUUGGAUGCUGGGCUUGUGCCUCCCGAGCUCGACGAAAGUCAUGUACGCUACUGGUCAGAUUUUAGCCGUACAUUUUACCAUCCCAAGUCGCUUAACCAGCUUUACGAUUAUGAGCUCAACUCAUCAAUCAGGCCUUUCGACAAGUGGCCCCUAGGCCAGGAGCUCUUCCAAUCUCUCGACAAGGAGCAUGACAUCGCCGACCGCGAUUUCCGUCCUUUCGUGGAGGAGGCAGACCAGAUGCAAGCCAUCCAGGUCUUUACCUCUCUUGACGAUGCCUGGGGAGGCUUUGCUGCCGAGUACCUAGAUCGCAUGCGUGAUGAGUACCCCAAAGCAACCAUACUUGUCUGGGGCCUCCACGCUUCCCAACAAAGUCGCCUUCACCUGACAAACGUUGCCCGUUCAACGGCGGCCCUCUGUGAGCAUGCCUCCCUCGUCAUACCCAUGAGGAUACCCCGCGCCGGAUUGCCUUCCAACGUCCGCCUCAACUCCGACUCUCCAUGGCAAACGAGCGCCUUGAUGGCCACCGCAAUCGAGACAGCCGGUCUAUCGUCCCGGGCCAAAUUUGGUUCGUCUCGCUACACCCUCGGCCACUUGACCGAACGCUUGAACCAGAGCGGAAAGCAAACCUUGGCUCGACUCCAGAUGUCUGCCUCUGCUAGCACAACUACGCCGCUCGAACCACACGACUCCAGGACAGGGAAGCAAAUGGCGAGCGAUGAAGACCUGCCCCUGGAUAUAGAUCUCCUUGACUUGGCCAAAACGAAGCCUAGGCUCAGUCCAGACCACAGCCAGCCUCAUGUCUUUGGUAGGGAACGGACUUGUCGUGGAUGGUACUCCCUAGUUCGAGGGCAACAGGGCGAGGCCGCAGUCGCAACCAGCUCAGCACGAGGCCGGGCUACCGAGCAUGUCCAUUCCUUUGAUAUUGCAUUCCCCAUACUCGAUAGUUUCCCGAAGAUCUACACCGCCCAAGAAAAAGAGCCAAACGAAUUCGUCGGUGUCGAAACGUGUCUGUCGACGGAUAGUGCAGUGUCAGAGGCUGUGAAAGGAUUGCGCACGCUGACCACCCCUUUGCUCGGCAUCGAAGACCGAGAGAACAUUAGCAACGAUCUUGCGGAGCUAGCUGAGGCGUAUCGGGAUGGGUGGUCCAGUGGCAGUGACGAUGGCGACGAUAUUUGA